AUGAACAAUCCUGUUCGACCCAGAGAUGAUACACUUGACGACGGCGGUAUAGCCUAUGCUCUAGGAGACCAGAUCGAAGAAGACGACGAGGAAGAAGAGCAAGAUGUUAACGUUGGAACUUAUGAAGAUGAGAUUUAUGAAUCAGAAUCACCAUCAGAAAGCGGCACCGAAUCUCUCACCUGGAUUUCCUGGUUCUGCUCUCUCCCCGGCCACGAAUAUUUCGCCGAAGUAGGAGAGGAUUUCAUCGAAGACGAUUUCAACCUUACCGGUCUCAACGCUCUCGUUCCAUUCUACAAAGAAGCACUCGAAAUGAUCCUCGACGUGGAACCACCCGAGGAAGACUCGCUUAAAAUCCCCGAUGUUUCCAUCGUCGAAUCUUCCGCCGAACUCUUAUACGGCUUGAUUCACCAACGAUACAUUUUGACAAGGCAUGGAAUGCAACAGAUGGUAGACAAGUAUGAAGCAGGACAUUUCGGAUAUUGUCCCCGCGUCUUCUGUCAUUCCCAUCCCGUACUGCCUUGCGGAAGGAGCGAUUUGCCCGGGUUGGAUACGGUCAAGUUGUUCUGUCCCAAUUGUAUCGAUAAUUAUAGUCCUCCUAGUAGUAGGUUUCAUGGUGUGGAUGGAGCAUUUUUUGGUACAACCUUCCCUCAUUUGUUGUAUCAGUGUUAUAGAGAUUUGUUCCCGAGUAUCAUUGCUCCCAAACAUGGCAACGAUGCAGCGGUUGCCGCAAGUGGCGGACUGCAGUACAAUGCCAACCCUACUACGCACGAUGAUGUGGCAGAGCGAGAAAAGAAGGACUCCUCGACACCACCCGAAUCAGCAGCAGGUAGCACAGCAGAUACGCUGGUUCAUAGAACUAUUCAACCCGAACAACUAGGAAAGCGCAUACCAUAUUGCAGGAUCUAUACUCCUAAAAUUUACGGCUUCAAGGUCUCGGAAUACGCUAAAACCGGUCCAAGAAUGAAGUGGAUGCGUAUGAGACCGAGUUCUCUUGAGGAGUUAGAUCGCAUCUAG